GUUUUUAUAAUAACAUCACCCAAAACUGCACAAACAAAUGCUUUAGAGGACGAUCAAUUUGACAUCGAGAAAAAUGGUGGCCGUGGCCCUUCUCGAUCUCGAACAAGUUCUUCGCUCCAAGAAGGAGAAAUUAUCACCUGAAGAAGCAAAUAUAUUGCUGACAUGGAGGGCAAAGGCUAUGAGAGAUCUUACUGUCGGGUCGGGCGGCGCUUCCGCUGUUACAUGGCUAGCAACCCGAAGGCUAAACAACUUAUUCCGCUUGAAUGUUACAAUCGGGGCUGCUGUUACUUGUGGACUCUGGAACCUUAGUAGGUCCGUCGAAUCAUCUGUUGAGCAUAUUCUUUCUUUGGAAGGAAGUCAGAUACAGGGAGAAUUGGCUAAUAUAUUGUUGCAAAGAUACCACAAUUAUCCAUGGGUACUCCAAAAUUUCUCAAAGCAUUUUUACAUGGAAGAAGUUUAUGAUGAUUCAUCAGUAGACCAGCCAAUACGUAGGUGGCGUUUCCGAAAUUUUUUUGGUGAUCCUGCUACUCAUUCUCGAAAUACAUCUUAUAGUGAGGAAACUGAUUCAAAGAAUUAUGCUGGCAAGAUGACUUCAAAUAUGACAAGAACUAGGUCAAAGCUCAAGCUCGAUAAUGUCAAUGCUGUUGAUGAUGCUGCGGAAAGUCCAUUUGAUUUUGUUUUUGGCAUUCCUGGGGGCCCAGAAACAGUUCCUAAUUAUAACACAGCGAACAUGUCAGCUAGGAAGACACGGAAGGAGAAGCGUGCUCACCGCAGGCGUAUGAGGCAUCAUCAUCAUCAAGACGAAUUCAACCUAUGAAUUGAAAUGCUGUACAUCAUCAUCGUCAAAGGGAAUUUGAUGGAUGGAUUGAAUUAACAUGUUGGGCUUGCUUCCACAUGAAAAGAAUCCAUGUGUGACUCCACCUUCAUUCCUUCCUGAUCUUCCAUUAGUACUUGUGAGAAAAAUAAUAUAUCUGCCAUUGAAAGUUGCAUCUCUUGAAGUUGAAGUUAUGAGUUUUUCAAUUUUAUGGAUAUUUUGUUGGUUAAUCUAGAAUCUACAAACCAUACAUGUUACAUAUAAAUACGCUUUGUAAGAAAUGAAUGGCAGUAACGAAAUGUGUAAAUGUGUGUUUUUUUGGCU